UCCACUUGUAAACUCCUGAAACCGAAAGCAAUGCUGCAGCUCACACCCUCUCACUUCCUCCCUCCACCACCACCACCACUCUCUCCCCAAAACCUCUCCUUUUCUCUCCUCCAGAGCUGCAAAACCCUACAAGAAGCAACCCAGCUCCACGCCCUGUCCCUCAAGACUGGAGCUUUCACCAACCCUUUAAUCGCUUCCCGCCUCUUCUCUCUCUACGCCGACCCCAAAAUCAACCACCUCACCUACGCCCGCUCCGUCUUCACCCAAAUCCAAGACCCCAACUUGGUCUCCUGGAACGUCCUCAUCAAAUCCCACGUCACCAACCAACGCUCCCACGACGCCGUCGUUUUGUUCCGCGACUUGGUCCGCCACCACGCGCCGGAUAACUUCACGUUGCCGUGUGUGAUCAAGGGCUGUGCGAGGCUGAAUGCGGUGGAGGAAGGGAGGCAGAUUCACGGGCUGGGCUUGAAAAUUGGGCUGGGAUUGGAUAAGUUUGUGCAGAGCAGCUUGGUGAGUAUGUACUCCAAAUGUGGAGAGAUUGAGUUUGCGCGCAAGGUGUUCGAUGAAAUGCGUGAGAGGGAUUUGGUGGCGUGGAAUUCUUUGAUUGAUGGGUACGCUAGAUGUGGGAGAGUUGAUGUUGCGGUGGAGUUGUUUGAUCAGAUGGAGGAGAGGGAUUCGUUUUCGUGGACGGUUUUGGUUGAUGGCUUGUCGAAAUGUGGGAAUGUAGAGAAGGCUAGGGAGGUUUUUGAUAGGAUGCCGGAUAAAAAUUUGGUUUCCUGGAAUGCCAUGAUCAAUGGGUACAUGAAAGCUAGGGACUUUGAGACGGCGAGGGAGUUGUUUAGUCAGAUGUUGACUAGAGAUGUGAUAACAUGGAAUUCGAUGAUUGCUGGUUAUGAGUUUAAUGGGAGGUUUGCGGAAGCGUUGGAGUUGUUUCGAGAGAUUUUGGAAGAGGAUCUUAGGCCUACUCCUGCUACAUUGGUCAGUGUGCUUUCUGCUGUUUCGGGAUUAGCCGCUUUAAGUAAGGGGAGAUUGGUUCAUUGUGUGAUGGUGAAACAUGGGUUUGAAUUGGAUGGUGUGCUUGGUACGUCAUUAAUAGAAAUGUAUUAUAAGUGUGGAAGCAUUGACAGUGCAAUGGCUGUGUUUCGAGGUAUACAGAGGAAGAAAGUGGGGCAUUGGACGGCUAUAAUUGUUGGUUUAGGAAUGCAUGGUAUGGCUGACCAGGUUCUUCAGCUGUUUCUGGAAAUGCGCAAAAAUGGGAUGGAGCCUCAUGCUAUAACUUUUGUUGGAAUCUUGAAUGCAUGUAGCCAUGCUGGAUUGGUCGAUCUUGGACGUUACUAUUUCAAUAUGAUGAUAAAGGAUUAUGGAAUUGAACCCACAAUUGAGCACUAUGGUUGCUUUGUAGACAUUUUAUGUCGAGCUGGCUGUUUGGACGAGGCAAAGAAUGUCAUUGGGAGUAUGCCAAUGAAACCAAACAAAGUUAUUUGGAUGAGUUUACUUAGCGGUGCCCGGAUCCAUGGAAAUGUUGAAAUUGGUGAUUAUGCAGCUCAACAUUUGAUAGAGGUGUCUCCAGAUACUAUUGGAUGCUACGUUGUGCUCUCUAACAUGUAUGCUGCAGCUGAUCAGUGGGAGAAAGUUUCACAGGUAAGAGAAAUGAUGAAAAAGAGAGGUGUCAAAAAGGACCCAGGAUGCAGUACCAUAGAGCACAGAGGUAUGCUUCAUGAGUUUAUUGUCGGUGACAAAUCCCAUCCUCAGACAAAAGAGAUAUAUUCCAAGUUGAGUGAGGUGAGAGAGAAACUAAAAUCUGCAGGACAUGUUCCUGACACAAGCCAAGUUUUAUUGUGUCUUGAGGAUGAAAAGGAGAAGGAAGCUGAACUGGAAAACCAUAGUGAGAGAUUGGCCAUUGCAUUUGGUCUAAUUAAUUUGGAACCUAGGAGUCCUAUUCGCAUCAUAAAGAAUCUUCGUGUCUGUAAUGAUUGCCAUUCUGUCACUAAACUCCUUUCCAAGAUCUAUAAUCGUGAGAUUGUUGUCAGAGAUAAUAGCCGUUUCCAUCACUUCGCCAAUGGGUCAUGUUCUUGCAAAGAUUUUUGGUGACUGACUUCCUAACCAGCUGGCUUUCAUGCCUGUGAUAAUUUCCUCAAGCAAGAAGCAGCUUACCUAUAUAUGCUUGCACUCUUAAAAUUGGAGCAGCAAAUGGACAUAUAGAUAGAUAAGGAGUUCAACCACAAAUGAGCUUGGUAUUUUUACUGGAUAAAGUGAUUCUGAUACAAGCAGUUUCUACUAAGAAAUUACAUCAGAACUUGUUUUGGAAAAUAGAUUUUACAUCAGAACUAAUGGGGUCCCAGAGAAACAACCACAACAACAUCAAGAAGUUUGGGUAGUUUUACAGAUCAAAAGCAUCGACUUAAGCUUGUUCACUUUCCAGGGACGAAGUUUGUGGCAUAAGCCCAUGCAUUGUUAGCCACUGGAUCAGCAACAUGGUCAUAGAGGUUCUCAACAGGACCCUUUCCAGUGACAAUAGCCUGAACAAAGAAUCCAAACAUUGAGGUCAUUGCCAGCCGCCCAUUUUUGAGUUCCUUCACCUUCAGUUCAGCAAAGGCUUCAGGAUCAUCAGCAAGUCCAAGUGGGUCAAAUGAUCCUCCAGGGUAAAGUGGAUCCAGACCUUCGCCAAGUGGUCCUCCACCGACUCUGUAUCCCUCAACAAAUCCCAUGAGGACAACUUGGACAGCCCAGAUUGCUAAAAUGCUCUGGGCAUGGACAAGGUUUGGGUUGCCAAGAUAGUCAAGGCCGCCCUCUGAAAAGAUUUGGGACCCGGCCUUGAACCAAACAGCCUCACCGAACUUGACACCAUUCUUGGACAAGACUUCUGGGAAGACGCAGCCCAAUGCACCAAGCAUUGCCCAUCGGCUGUGGAUCACCUCAAGCUCACGGUUUUUGGCAAAGGUCUCGGGGUCUGCAGAUAGUCCAGCAGUGUCCCAUCCGUAGUCGCCUGGGAAUUCACCAGUCAAGUAGGAUGGAGUUUGCUCGGAGAAUGGUCCCAAGUAUUUUGGACGGUCAGGGCCAUACCUGUUUUGUCAUUUGCAGUCGAAGUGUGUCAGCAUAAGCUCAAGCUCUUGACUUCAAAGAUGAAAUGCCAGCAAUUUAGGUUUCUUCACUUCCCGGGGACAAAGUUGGUAGCGUAUGCCCAUGCAUUGUUGGCCACGGGAUCAGCAACGUGGUCAUAGAGGUUCUCAACUGGCCCUUUUCCAGUUACAAUAGCCUGAACAAAGAAUCCAAACAUUGAGGUCAUUGCCAACCGCCCAUUCUUGACUUCCUUCACCUUCAGUUCAGCAAAGGCUUCAGGAUCGUCAGCAAGUCCAAGUGGGUCAAAUGAUCCUCCAGGGUAAAGUGGAUCCAGACCUUCCCCAAGUGGUCCUCCACCAACUCUGUAUCCUUCAACAAAUCCCAUGAGCACAACCUGGACAGCCCAGAUUGCCAGGAUGCUCUGGGCAUGGACGAGGUUUGGGUUGCCUAGGUAGUCCAGGCCGCCCUCGGAGAAGAUUUGAGACCCGGCCUUGAACCAAACAGCUUCGCCAAACUUGACACCGUUCUUUGACAGGACUUCUGGGAAGACACAGCCCAAUGCACCAAGCAUGGCCCACCGGCUGUGGAUCACCUCAAGCUCGCGGUUCUUGGCGAAGGUCUCGGGGUCUGCGGAUAGUCCAGCAGUGUCCCAUCCAUAGUCACCUGGAAAUUCACCGGUCAAGUAGGAUGGAGUUUGCUCGGAGAAUGGUCCCAAGUAUUUUGGGCGGUCAGGGCCAUACCUGUUUAGUCAAGGACAGUUGAAUGUGUCAGCAUUCAAAGGUUUACAUCAUACUUCCUAAUGCCAGAUAUGAAUAUUUUGGUCAACAAUAUAACCUUAUGCAUUGAGCUACAAUACAGUGUUAUAGUAAUUGUAUAUUAUUCGUAAUAUCAUUUCAAUGAUAAGAGUUGUUUUACUA